AUGCCAAACACAUUCCACAUCCGUCCAGCCUCCAACGACCGUGAAGACGGCAGGCGGAUCCUCGAAUUCGUUGAUUCUCAGCUUCCCUACCUACAAAGCCUGGGCAGUGAAGCGCAAUGGGGUCUCGAACCGUUCGGCGACGAUGAACGAACGCAAGAAGGCUAUAAAGACAUUAUUACGAACAGCGAGGAGACCGAGAAAGGCAAGCCUUGGGACCGCGACUCAACCAAAGCCUUCAUUGCCGAAAUCGAAAUCCCAUGCAAGAAAAUCACUCCCCAGCUCGAGAAGCUCCUGUCACCUCAAGACCCGGCUGGAUCGGAUGGCGCCGUCCGACUGCGGGUGGCCUCCAUGUUCAUCGACGGUCGUUCUGUCGGAUAA